GAGGAAUUUGGUCAUGGUGCUAUAAGAAGCUUCCAUUUGGUAAAACAGUCGUUCUCGCGUUCGUCAAGUAAUUACUGAUAAGAGGUCUUCCAAGACUGUUGCUGGCAAUCAGAUGAAAUGGGGGACUGGGGAUUUCUCUCCAAGUUAUUGAACAAGGUCCAGUCGCACUCCACAGUCAUCGGGAAGGUAUGGAUGACUGUCCUGUUCGUCUUCAGGAUCAUGGUGCUGGGGGCCGGUGUCGAGAAAGUUUGGGGCGACGAGCAGUCCAUGAUGGUGUGCGAUACGACAAGGCGUGGGUGUAAAAACGUGUGCUACAAUCAGGCCUUCCCCAUCUCCCACGUUCGCUUCUGGGUGAUGCAGAUCAUCUUCGUCUCCACCCCCACCUUAGUCUACCUGGCUCACGUGAUACACAUCAUGCACCAGGAAGAGAAGAUUCGAGAAAAGCUACGAGAAAACGACGAGACCAAGGAUUUGAAGGCGCUUAAGUACACCAACGAGAAGGGAAAGGUCUUCAUCAGAGGCGUCCUGUUUCGUAGCUACAUACUAAACCUCGUCGUCAGGAUCCUGCUGGAAUUGGCCUUCAUGAUCGGUCAGUACUACCUCUACGGCUUUGUGCUGCAGCCCAAGCUGGAGUGCGAGGCUUACCCUUGUCAUGGGACGGUCGAGUGCUUCAUGUCCCGACCCAGGGAAAAGACCAUCUUCAUCAUCUUCAUGCUGGUGGUGUCCUGCGUGUCUCUGCUGCUCAAUGUCGCUGAGAUCGUCUACCUCAUCUGUGCCCGGGUGAAGAGUCGCAGGACCCAGGGCUAUCCUCCGACACCAGCGAUGACGAAUCACAAGACGUUUUGCUGAAGGACACUUAUUAAAAUCUCACUCUUUCAUGCACAAUGAAUUUUAACAUAACAAGUUAAAUGUCACUGACUGACUUUGACUGAAGAAAAGGCAGACUUUGAGAACAGCUUGUCUGGUUUUUCCUUGUGUGUCUGGCUGUAAUAGUCUACAGAGGAUUUGGAUUUGUGCAUCCACUGUAGACAGAAGGCUGUGUCAGCACAUAGGGCAGUCUUCUGAAAAGAAAGUCAGUCUUGCAAAACAAUGCAAGAAUUACUCAAAACAUUAUUGCAUACUUCUAAUGCUUUGCUAUUAUUUUGUGUGACAAUCAAAAAACUUAAUCAAUUAUGCAGUGUAUUCAAUUUUCUCCCAAGUUUGAAAUGUCAUCAUCACUUUUAGUUGCCUGAGAGAGUAUCUAAUGUAUGGUAUUUCAAGUCUGUUCAUAUUCUUCUGUUUUUUAUACAAAAAUAAAAACAAAAAGACA